UCACAGUAACCAAUAUCUGCCCUCCUUGCUGCCAUACCUUCAAUUUCCUCAUUUAUUCGCUAGCACUGGACUCUCAACGUCAUUACGUACUCUGCUGUCCAGGUAUCAAACCACCUCCUGAGUUUGCUCCAGACAAGCAAAAAAGAUCUAGGCUGGAUGUCUGUGUGCUCUAUGGCCAGCAGCUGGAUUACAUUUCAGUAAUUCAAGCCAAUCGACUCAAAGCAGUAUAACAAGCAGCAUCAUUGGGCUUCUACUUGUCCGACAGUGAGCCUCUCUCGAUUUGGACUUUAGUGUAGUCUAGCAACUACAAGCAAAACAAUCCCGCACAACAUGAACCUUCAAGAGGUUUCAAAGUUUUUAAUUCCUGUUCUGGUGGCAGUGCUGGCCCUAGCAAUGGCUGAUGAAGGCGUACACGACCCGAGUCUCUAUCAGUUUCUUGACUUUACACGAGUGGAGCAAAGCCAGAAAAAUGAAGGACAUCGACCGUUCAGAUGGCUCAACAAAUUUCGCCGAAAGUCUCAAGUACCAGCCAGAUCACAUUCGGAAUCUGCCCCUACAAAAGAGCAACAAGGUUCACAGAUACCGAUACAUUACAUGAUUGAAGACGUGUCUUCACAAUACCGACCGCAACCAACUUACCACCAAGCAGCGCAACACCAGUGGGAAUCUGUUAAGAAGCCGAAAGACACUUCUUACAUUAUCUUACCACCACCACCAGCGAGUCAAUCUAAACAGAUCAACAUUCCAUCGCACGCUGUGUAUCUUAAACAGCAAAAGAAAUCAAAGAUGCCAUUCGUAGCAGCUUACAAGCAGCGUCAACAGGUUGACAAACCACUGCAACAACCACCACCACCGCCAUCAAGCCCCGAUUACAAACAGCAAGUAGGAGAGGUGGACUACAACGUCCAGAAACCUUUGCCGAAGCCACAGGUUUACCCAGAAGUCCCUUCAUCUCAGCAAACUCCAAACUACGAUCCUCUUACGAAUGUGCCUCUUGUAUCGAAUGAUGGAAGCCAUUCCGGUGAGGAUUCUACUCCAACUCAUGUUGGUUCUCGCUAUUCGAAAUGGUUGAACAAGAUGAGGCGAAACAAAGCUCAUCACAACCAGCCUGAAAAAUUAGAAAACCAAACGACUAAACCCCAUGACAAACCCUCGGAGAACCUUUCUGCCCUACCAGAAGCUUUUUACUAUUUUCAGAAUCCAUCUCCCAACAACCCACUGCAGCCAGUUUCACAUCAGUCAGUUAAUGGUCAAGUAAACGCUGGUGGUUAUGGCCAACCUCAAACGGUUAACAGCGGACCACAGUUAGCUCCGCCGAGACCUGCCAACACCAGGCCGGCAGAACCAACUUACAGUUCGCCCUCACCUGCGUCGUUUCGCCCAGAGGCUUUUCCCACAGUGGCUUUGAAUCAAGCUCCUCAAGAAAAUUCUCCAGAUACUAGCGAAACAGCGGACCAAUCGCCACCUCCCAACAGGAAGUCGUUCUAUUCAAAAUUCAUGAAAAAGCUCAAACGAAAUAAAGGACAGAAACAUGAAGAAACUGUGGCCGAAGAGGAACCUGCUUUUACACCAUUGCAAACACCAUAUAAACCACCGGUGGAACCGGUAGUUUACCGACCUCCCCAGCCAACUAACAACGCACCACAACCAAUCCCGUCUAGGCCAUCUAACGUGAAACCAUCACGUCCAGCGGGACCAGCACCUUACAUUCCUCCUGGUGCUGUUCCUCCGGUGUUUAAUCCACCUGCGCCAGCUUAUCAAGACGCUCCUGCUCCUACCACUUACUCCCCACCGCAGAACGUAUACAACAAAUUUUCACCGAGACCGACUUAUUCCACCACCGAGAAACCGCUGGCUUAUUUACCAUCGCCACAGGAGGACAGUUUCUUUUCGCCACCGAACAAACCAGAUUUUAUUCCUUCACCUUUUCACGGGCAAUCGGAAAAAGGACAAGGAAUUCACGAGGAUCCCGAAGAAGGAUUCUUUGAAUUCGGCAUUUUCCCCAAAAAUAAUGGCUUUUUCGAGCAGAAUUUUAAGGGUUAAAUCUUUGUCAUUAUCCCGUUUCAAACUCGUGUGAAAGGUAUUCGUCUUUUUUUUUUGGAGAAAGGGAAGAGGUUUUCUCGCACAUCUUUACGUUCCAAAAUCAAACAGAGCGGGCUCUUGUUGUCAUGGAAACGUAAUUGUUUUUCAUUCUUACUUGUAUGGUAUUUUUCACGAAUUCUCUUAAUUCCAAUUACACAAUUUUUUAUUUGGUUUCACCCUUUCGCCAAUAUUUAUGUGUGAUCACUUGUUAUCUUAAACAUUAUACCAUUCGAAAUAGAAAUAAACAACAACAAAAAAGCAAA